GCAUAAUCGACAUCACAUACAGCAAUCAGUGUAAAUCAGUGACAGACAGUGAUUUAUUUUGCAGCUGUUUCAAGAUGUCCUCCAUGUAUAGAAAAGGAGGCAACAAAAUUGUUUACAUGUAGCAAUUUUUCUAUGUAGUACUUAGGCUGUUGUAGCGAAAUAUGUACGAUAUCAAUUGGAUAUUUCCAGCAUUGAAACAACCAUCUCGGCUCUGGAAUUUAGCGAGUUCAAUUACGUUUGCAGCAGUUGGAAUUUUUAGCAAAAUUAUCAUAGAAUGGCUGAAUACAACAAAUGUGUAUAACAAAGAUAUUUUAGUCAAAGCCCUGGACCACAGACCACAUAAUGUUCCACUCAUCACUGUGUCUAAUCAUCAUUCUUGCUUUGAUGAUCCAGGAUUAUGGGCUUGUCUGAGCCUUAAACACGUCUGCAGUCGCAAGAAGAUGAGAUGGUCACUAGCAGCCCAUGAUAUUUGUUUUACAAAUGUUUUCCAUUCAUACUUCUUCAUGCUUGGCAAAUGUGUACCGGUUAUCAGGGGAAAUGGGGUUUACCAGAAAGCCAUUGACUUUUGCAUAGAGCAGUUACGUAAAGGUCAGUGGGUUCAUGUGUUUCCUGAGGGACGAGUCAAUAUGACCAAAGAAUUUUUGAGGCUGAAGUGGGGGAUUGGACGACUAAUUUAUGAAUCACCUGUGAUGCCCAUUAUUAUACCAAUGUGGCAUAUUGGUAUGGAUAACAUCCUUCCCAAUGAACCUCCCUAUUAUCUUCGGAUACGUAACAAGGUUACUCUUAACUUCGGCAAACCAAUUGAUUUUGGAAACAUGUUGGAGCAGCUAAGAUCAAAAAAUGUAUCAGCACAGGAAGCUAGGAAAACUAUUACAGAUAAAAUUCAAGAUGAACUAAUGUCUUUGAAGGCUGAAACAGAGCAGCUGCAUCUAAUUAGCUUGCGUUCUUGAUACAGGACCUUCCCUCGAAAGCAUUCAGACUAACAGGGAUGCUGGGAAUUCGAGGAUAAUUCACAAAGAAAUUAAGGGAAAUCAGCAUGAGUUAUGGAGGACAGAUGAAUGUUUAGUGUUUGUGUGUACUGUUGUAACCAUUCCACUGUCAGUGUUAAGUUCAGUGCAACCCUGUCUUAGGACUUAAGAUUACCAUAAUUUGGUCUUUAUGGAAAUUUGUGUAAGUAUUACAAUUUUUUAAACACAAAAAUCAAAACAACAAAUUCUACCAAAACUAUUGCCUUAAGUGAUGAUUAUUUGUUACAAAAUUUGGAUCUCAUAUGCACAUGCAUUAGUGGCAUAAAGGGAUGGCAAGUGUUGUGUUUGCUAUUCCCAGCUUAUUUUAAUUUGUGCCCUGUAUUACCCUUACUUAAGUAAUAAAGUUUAAUACAACCCUGAACCAAAAUAAUUUCCAUGGAAAUGCAUAUCGAUUGUUGAAAGAUAUGAUUCAUAUUAUAAAAUCUCAUGAUACUCAUUUUCCAGAACAUGGACCUUUUCUAAAGGAGGGGUAAAAAGGUAAAAGAAGGGGGGGGGACUAUCCCUGUAACAGGCUGUGGAAGCCUGUUACAGGGU